AUGGGUGACCCAUUAUCUAUUGCCAGCGGCGUCGCUGGUCUCGUUUCACUUGGGUUUACUGUUUGCAACGGCCUUCAUACCUACUUCAGCGCUAUCAAAGACAGAAAGGAUGAUAUCGCAAUUGCCACUCAGAGCCUUGCCCUAUUCAAAUUCCAUGUCUUCGCUGUUCAAUCGAGUGCAGCAAAGCUUGGCCAUCUUCAUUCCCCAGCCAUCGAUGGCUUACAGCUGAGUUUGAUAAAUUGUGAAAUGCAGCUUAGAUGUCUCGAAACAUUGCUCAACGAGUUGAUGCCAACCCAGGAUCAGUCGCUGGCAAAGGAUAUUUGGAGAAGGCAGAAACUGAUUGCGCGAUAUCCCUUUGAUCGCAAGAAGCUGGUGCAGCUGGAAGAGUAUCUUUCACGAGCAAACACUACUCUAAGUAGCUUUAUACAAGCCCUCAACCUCGAUAUAAACAUCCGGAUGAGUGACGACUUGGAGGCUUUCAAAUCAUCUCUCGAAACACUUGAUAUCAAUACCCAGACCACGCUGAGAACGAUCACCACCAGACUCGACGUCAUCGACCCCAAAGCGGAAUCUAGCCACCUGGAACUUCUUCCAUCCAGAAUAGAAGAUCAAAUUACUACCACCAGCACUAACGACCUCACCAGCGCCCACUCCACGCCUCGUUAUCUGCAGAAUGCCGAGCUCGAACAAAGGCUUUGCAAGAAGCUAGCAGACAUGUAUUGUACCUGUGGGGCUUCGAAAAGCAAGACUAGCAAUCGUCCUGCAAGUCGCACUAACGUGUUAACUCUAUCGAUUAAAUCAUACCGGUGCUUGUGGAUAGUACCGAGGCUUUAUAGAUUGAUUAUGAACCAUGAUUCCAGCUUUUGCCAUCCCGAAAUUGCUCACGAUGACCGCCUGGAUGCAGGUCUGUGGGUUUCAAAUAUAGAACCGUGGGUAAGGCAGUUAAAUGUUCUAUAUGAAUAUCCCGAAAUAUGUGAAGAAAUCGGAUUCUCGGAGCUCUUUUUAGCUGUUAUAAAGAAAGAUCAUGAAAGACUUCGAACUAUCCUGGAAGAAGAGGAUGAUAUUUCAAAGAUUUCGCAAACAGAUUUAUACGGGCGCAAUAUAUUGCAUUUGUGCACCAACUGGCCUGAUGGACUGAGACUACUUUUACAACGGCAAGAUGUUCGUCCCUUGAUAGACUCGAACUGUAGAGCAUUAAUGUAUCCUCUCUCACCUCUGGAUUAUGCUCUCUUCUACAGCAAGAUUUGCUGCAGUGCUCCUGACCAGUGGACUCACUGUGAUAACUGUAGUUGCUACGCUACGGUUCAGCUUCUACUCGAAGCCGACUGCAGUGUCACAGUCGGUCAAGAGAGUCCAGAAACCCUAGCUGGUUGCUCUUUGAAGGCCCGAAAAUUGUUCUUUAAGCAUCUCAAGGACAGACGUGAGCGAUUACGGAAUGUUGCUCUUGGCAUCCUUCCCAAGAAAACCCUGCGUCAAUAUGGAAUAACCGCAAACUUCUUACCUGACAAGACUGCCCCCUUGUUGUGGAGUGAACUGCAGGAAGCUAAGGAACAGCGGGAUCAGCUACCAGUGGACCUUACUAAUAGCCUCAAGCCUUACAGCGGCAAUUUUUUCAUUCAACACGAGAGCUUUUUCCGCUUCCCUCAUCACCUACAGGUUGCAGAACUGGCACUCGACUACGGUUUAAUACCUAAAGAUGAAAGUGGUGUUCCAACACUUCUGUCUGGUAAUUUCAUGCCCGGCCAUUCAGUUGGGAGGCCAGAAAACGUAUCUAGAAAUUAUCUAGAAUGGCUACUCCAGUUCGACCUAAAACUAGAGCUCUGUCUAGGGCCCUUCCGACUUUCCACGCUUCAUCGGGCUGCGGCUUGCGUCGGGGACCAGAUCUUCGUGUCCCUACACCGAUACAAGCACUUCGACCAUUCACCCCAAGACGUCUCUAUAUCUGAACUACAGGAUUCAAAGACACUGCUACCAGCGAUAUGUCACAGCAAGGCUCAAUGCAGUAUUCCAUGUCCGUGCUCAUCGGGAAUGUUUGCCCGACCUUUGGCACAUAUCUUACCCAGAAUGCUGUGGUGUCAAUAUCGCAGUGACUCGACGAACCUUUUUGAGAACAUGGCAGAGAAUAUCGAAUUUGUGGUGACCUCCAUUGAUCUGUUGAAGCUUCCAAAAUGCAGCUCUGAAGAAUCAUAUAUGGCGAAAUGUGCAGUUCAUAUUCUGACCAUGAUGUCCUUGGGGGUAAGGCACUUGCCGAUCUGUCUCAGUGGAUGUUAUUAUCAUCUACAGAUUUCAGGGUGCGAAGAAGAAUGGAAGGAAAUAUUAGAUGAGGACCGAGAGUUGAUCGAUCAGCUUCAAGCCCUUGACGAAGAAUUUGGAGAUGCCUUUGAUCGGCAAAAUGUCCCCAUAGGAGAGUUUCUCCGGGGCUACUGGCUGACAAGAAUGAAAGAAGUCAUCGCGGAUUUGAAUAAACCCCUAGAUGAUGACGAUAGAUAUGGUCUUUGGGAGGCUGGCGUGGUGUUGGAAGAGGACGAUGCGGAUGGUUCUAAAUGUUGUAUUGGGUAUACGGAGGACGAACUUUGA